AUGUCAACACAUACAUUAACAGUUAUUGUUCCAAUGAACGCCGAUAAGUUUUAUUCGAUUACAGAAACUAAAGAAUUUGACCAAUUUCAAAUCCCAUUCUUAGGAUUAGAUUCUCACGAGUUGGUCGAAGAGGUCGAUAAAGAAACACACAUUCACAGAAUCGUUAAAAUUAAACCAAAAACAAGUAUUCCAAAGAUUUUAUUAAAGUUCACAACCGCUAAUCAAGAGGUUUCUUAUCAAGAUACUCAAACAAAGUCAAAAGUUAAAAGAGAAAUUUGUUUUAAAACUCAAGCCCCAGUUAUGGCUGAACAUAUUCACGUUGAAGGUGUAAUUAAUAUUGAACCAUUAGAUGAUAAUACAUGUUUAAAGGUAUUAAAAGUUACAUUUAGAUUUACAGGUCCAUUACAAUGGUUUUCAUCAGUUAUUGAAAAUAAUAUUCUUUCAGAAUUGAAAAAGACAGUCGAAUUACUUCCAACUAUUGUCACAGAAUACAAAAAAUAUCUUUUAACACUUGAAGAAUCAAAUACCAGUGAAGCUUCAACUACUCAAGAAUCAACCACUCAAGAUCAAUCAAACAAUACUCAAUUUGAUCAAUCCUCUGGGAGUCCAUCAAAACAAGUUGAUUUAAAUGUUAAUCCAGUUGAAUUGUCAGCCAACUAA